AUGUUUCGUCAAGUCUUCAAUUUUCUUGACAAACAAAAAUGCGGUCUUGUUUCCUGUGAAAAACUUGGAGAAUUAGUGCGCAUAUCGGGAUUUAACCCAACGGAAGCAGAAAUCGCGAAUAUCAAGAGUCGAUAUUCGGAAAAAACAGGAAUCACCUUUGACGAAUAUAUUAAACUACUUUCAGGUCUCGAUUGCAUCGCAACCGAGGACGAUAUACGGGGAGCCUUCAAGGUAUUUGACAAAUAUAAUGAUGGAAAGAUCAAAGUGGACUUGUUACGCAAUGUGCUUACGCGUGUGGGAGAACCCCUUACAGACCGUGAAGUGGACAAUUUCCUGGAAAUCAUGGGUAUGAAAGACAGAGACUAUAUAGAAUACGACGCUCUUUGCAGCCAAUUAGCUAGUUAUGUGUACGAGUGUUUGUAA